CUCACCUCCGGGCGUCUCUUCCCACCUACCAUUCCGAGCCCGCCACCAACACCACCACCGACCAUGGCGCCCUCAUCGACGGCGUCCUCAUCGUCCUCGGGUUCAUCCGCAGCUCACUCCGCCGCGCACUCAUUCAACAAGAUUUUGAACCAGUUCAAGCUGUCGACGAAGGUUCGGACAUCGCAGGACGUCGAGGACUCGGUACGGAAGCUCCGGAGGUUGAUCUUGCUGGAUGGGAUACCGUCGGCUGUCGACCCUACAAUACGACCGCGGAUAUGGAAGAUCUUGUUGCGCGUGCAGGACGUGUCUGCGGGGGAGUUCUUGGAGUAUGUCGCGCGGGGUCCUUGUGAGGUGCGCGAGAAGAUCCGUAAUGACACGUUCCGGACCUUAGCUACAGACCGUGGGUUUAAGGAACGCGUGCGGGAGGAUAUGCUCGUGAGGCUGCUUGACGCGUUCGUAUGGCGAAACCAUGACCGACAAGAAUCGCACCAUCUCGGGUUCACUUACGUACAGGGUAUGAACGUCCUCGCCGCGCCCUUCCUCUAUACCAUGCCCUCCGAGCUCGAGGCGUUCUUCUGCUUCGCAAAAUUCAUCGAAGAGAGCUGUCCAUUAUACGUCCAACCCACACUAGAAGGCGUACAUCGAGGGUUGAAGCUACUCGAUAGGUGCCUCAAAAUUGUCGACCCCGAUCUCUUCGCCCAUCUUCGGUCGAAAAACCUGUCCGCGGAGAUUUACGCAUUUCCAUCUAUACUCACAUUAUGCGCGUGCACACCGCCGCUCGACCAAGUCCUUCAACUAUGGGACUUCCUACUCGCGUUCGGCGUACAUCUCAAUGUCCUCUGUGUCAUCGCUCAGCUUCUGCUCAUGCGCGAAGAGGUCAUGACAUCGUCUAGCCCUAUGCGCCUCCUACGCACGUUCCCUCCCCUCGAGGCUCUCCCUGUCAUCGGGAUCGCCGUCACACUCGUGCGUGACCUGCCUACAGACUUAUAUGACGAGCUGGUGCGACACCCGUACGCAGUUGAGUCAUAGUCCGCAGAGGUCAAGCUGUGCAUGUUCUUUUCGUUGGUACGCUGUCGUUGCUGUGCGCUGGUUGUCUCAGAUUCUUUGUUUGUAUGAAUAUAUUGUUAUCGAGGUCACC